CUGGUUACGAAUUGCGUAUAUUUAGAUGAAAACAUGAUUAUUAUUAUUGCAUCUUUGUUCAUCAAUUCAGCAGUUUAUGUUUAUUCUUACGGUUCACCGGAAAGGUUGCCCACUCAGGUACACUCAGCGGAAGGUCCAACCAGCACGUCCGGCAGAAAGUUUGAAGAAAUUGGUUUCGUCGACAUCAUAAAAUUACAAGAACAGAAACAGAUGUCCAAAAUGUUCUCAAACAUAUGUCAUUAUGACGAAAAAGGUAUUUUCUACGAGGAGAAAGGCCACUAUUAUCCAGUCAAGCGAGGCUUUCCUCUCCUAGCAAAUCAAGGUUAUAUUGUUGGAAGACCCAAAAACGGCAUUGUUAUGCCAAUAUAUAAUAGUGAACACAAACCUGUCCUAGUGUCCGAAAAUGAUUAUAAAAUGCACUCGUUUCUUACUAAGGAAGAUGCGUUGAUGGCUUAUGAACCUAUUCCACCACAAUAUCACGUUGUAUAUCCUUACGUACCAUAUAAACCGGAAGUCAAGUUCCAUUCUUCUGCUUCAGCCAAGAUAUCAGGAACAAGAAAUUUUAAGUUCCAAUAAGGACAUGUUCAUAAAAUGAUGACAAGAAAUACUUUUGACUGUUUUAUGACUUUGGGCUUCUGGUGUAAUUGCGAGAGAAAGCAGAAAAGUUAGAUUGCAAAAAAAAACAUUGUUGUGUCCACAAAAAUAAUUAUGUUAACAAAAAUUGGACAAAAUAAAAGAAGUGGGUCGCAAGUCUUAUUGUAAAGAAUUUCACAUUUUUUAUUCACGUUUUUCUUCUUUUCUCGAAAAAUAUUUAUUUAAGGAAAAUAUGUGUAUUAAAGAAACUAACUAAAGUGA